GUUGGCCUGUAUUUGACUUUUGACAUUUUGUUUAAAAACUAGUAUUUUGUUGAUCCAAUUUUUAUUUAUAAAAUUUUUGUAAAAACAAAAUGAAAAAUCCUUGCCAUUGUUAUGUACGCACUUUGGUCGCUAUAACUCUUAGUCUCGUUACUGUUUUUAGUUUUACUUUAACUGUAACAGCUCUCAAAUCAGCUGAUAUUCGAAACCACCUAGGAACUCGUACCCCUUACAGAUAUAAAUUCAACAAAGACGACUCUAGGAUAACUUUUCCCAAUUGCAAGGACACAAAAAUAUGGAUGGUCCUCAGACAUGGCACAAGAUUACCCAGUGCGAAAGACAUAGUUCUCAUGAAUACUAUGUUAAAAGAUUUGAGAACAGAUAUAAUAUUACACAAUAGAAAAGGAAAAGGUACACUGAAUAAUGAGCAAUUACAUUGGUUUGAGAAUUGGGACAGUGAUAUUCCAUUGGGGCAGGAAAAAUACCUUGCCCUUGAGGGGCAAGAUGAAAUGGUACUGAUCGCUGAGCGGAUGCAGAAGAGGUUCCCUAAUGCUAUUCAAAGUAAAUACAACAAUAAAACCUUUAUGUUCAGAUAUACAGCAACACAAAGAGCUCAGCAAAGUGCAAGAUACUUUACGGUUGGUUUAUUCGACAAAAAAAAUUCUCAACAUGUGUACUUUGAACCAGUCCUCAAAGUUGAUACUACAUUACGAUUUUACAAACACUGUGACAGGUGGCAAAAGCAAGUCAAGAAAAAUCCCGAUACAUACAAGGAGCUAUCUUUGUUUGGCCAAAGCAAAGAAAUGAAUGACACUCUACUAUCUGUGUCCAAAAGACUUGGUCUAGACAAAGCUUUGACUUUGGAUGAAGUCAUUUUGAUGUAUAGAGUGUGUGGGUUUGAGAUAUCGUGGCACAAAUACUCAACAUCGCCAUGGUGUUACGGCUUCGACGAGAAAUCUAUUAAAGUCUUAGAAUACUAUGAUGAUCUUAAAAAAUAUUGGGUAGAUGGUUAUGGAAAUUCACAGCAAGCUGCGUGUAUGGUAAUGAAAAAUAUGUUCCAAUCUAUGAGCAAACAGGGUCGUAACGCGACAUUCCUGUUCUCUCAUUCCGGUACGAUUUUGAAGUUGCUCACGCAUCUCCAGCUUUAUAAGCCAGAUGGGCAUUUGAGAGGAGACGCGAUGGUGGAGAAGAGGCCGUGGAGGAUGUCGAAUAUUGACUGCUUCGCUUCUAAUAUAGCUUUUGUGUUGUUUAAAUGUAAGGACGGAGACAAAGUAUUGACGCUACAUCAGGAGAAAAUAAUCAAACUGCCAAUGUGCACCCACGAACUGUGCCCACUUGCUGAUCUGAAGGAGCAUUUCCACAAUACUAUACACAACUGUAACUUCACUGACUUAUGCAGUGUUGAUUAGUACCUAAUAACAUUUUUAAGGGUAGAAACAUAUGGCUUAUUCCGUUUAUCCACUCUAAAGGUCAUAGCUCAUUGGAGCCACUCGGCAUCCGACCUGCACCGCGUUGCUUCGCGCGGUUCGUGACAUUGUAUGUGGACUUCAAUGGAUAUACGUCAACUCUGUAGCGUCAGCGAGCGAGGUGAUCUUCUGACGCUACAGAGUUGAUGUGUAUGUGUAAUAGUGAGCGUACGUCCAUAGAAAGUCCGUACAAAGAAGAAUACUAACCAUACGAGGCGAGGCGGUGCAGGUCGAGUGUCGGGCGGUUCUAUGAAUGAGCUAUGACCUUUAAACAGCUACCCUAGGUGUAUAUUAUUCAAAAAUAUUUGUUCGUUUAUCGACUCCAGACGGCGAAUUUGUAUUUUUUUUUAAUGCGGGGUGGAUAGACGAACUCACGUUUCCGAAAAUAUACUCUAGGGUUUUCGUUUUAGUGUGGAUCAACAGAAUAAGCAAAAAUUUUGGCAAUACUGGAGCCCAUCCCAUAGCGUAAAGCGCAACGUACACCCGCAGAAUGAAGUAGAGCCGAGGUGCAGCGUCUUUUUAAUAACAGUUCAAACUCAGCUUCAUUACUUUAGCAAAGUGGCGCGACCCGCGCCCAAGGCUACUGCGUAAUUUGAUUUUAUGCUGCCAAUUUUACACAAAUACCAAAGUAUAUAAAGUUAAAUUUAAGAUCCACCUCAAAUAUUCAUCAUCGCGGCUCAUGUCAAUUUUGCUACGUUAAAAAUCCCAAAAAAAAAAAACAGAAAAAAUCCAAUUACGUUUAUUUAAAAAAUCAUAUUGCAUAACUUAAGAUGUUCUCAUGAAACAACACAUAUGCUAAAAACGGAUUUUGGGCGCUUUUUUUGUGUUCGAUUUAGUAUUAACUUUUGUAAUAUGUAUUAUGCAUAGGUAUUACAGUACAAAUUCCAGUGUUUAAUGUUUUAUAUUGUAUUGUUUUGAUUUAAUUUUAACUAGCAUCGCUGCGCAUGAAAAUUCCGCUAUGUAGAAAAUCGGAUAUUUUUUCGGAUCGGAUUCACAUAGCGGAUUUUGCACGCGCACCGAUAGGUAUACCUACAGUACGAAUUCCAGUGGUAUCAAACUUUUUUUAAUGAUUACCAGAAUAAUGCAAGCUUUAAUAUUUUAUAUUGUUAAACAGUGAUUUUAAACAGCGAAUACAUUUUUUAUAAAAGGU